GGAUGGUGAGGUUCAGGGCGUGGGUUGAUUGGAGGUGGGUUAGGGUUAGGAGGGGGGCGCGGAGCAUGGUUUGAUAUUGGGUUGAUGGGUGAGAUGGUAUGGUGGGUGACAGGGGUGGCAGAAGAAAAGGGUAGGUAAGGGGCUGGGUGGAGGUGAGUACCUUAAUCAGGCGAGGUUUCUGUAUGACAUGGCCGAUAUGAACGUGAUCCAUACCUACCUGGCAGUCACGACGGACGUUCCUGAUCAAUGUCAAGAGAUGGCUAGUAAGGAUGAGGAAGGCAUCGCGAGAUUGUUGUCUUCCCGACAACCCCCUCCUACCUACCUGAUAAAACACAUAAACGCGCUUGAAACGCUCGCUCUCCUUGAUGUCUUAUCACGAUCAAAACAUUUCUUACACCUUCACAUUGCCCAAGAUGGCCAGCCAACCGGAAGAAACCGCGGCUCCCCUUUCCUCCCCCCGCCCCCGCAAAAUAACCCCCUCCCCCGCUCCAACCCGGACGACUGGCCCCUCUGGAACAUCGACCUCCGGAUGCUCGCCCUCGACGUCAACCUAACAGACUACCUCUCCGGCAACGACCCCGACAAAGGAGGAGAUGGUCAACCGGUGGGAAGAACUCAAGUCACCGUUCGAGCAUGGCGUGACUGGGCCCGAGGGGGUGGUGCCAGAGGAUCUCCAGGAGAGGGUACAGCAUUACCAGGCUCGGUACGUCUACCAUGAGUUCAGGUGGCGUUUGGAAAAAGUACUGCAACAAGAUUGGGGUGAUGGGGUUGCAGGAGUGGGUUUUGGGGAAUGUGGAUGGUGAUAUUGAGGAGGGAGCUGGAGGGGGUGGUAUAGGUUUUUGAAGGGCGUGUUUGAACCUGGAGAUGAUGAGAAGUUUGUUAAUGGGGACGGGGUGUCACGGUUGGAAACUUAAAUGUAAAUCGAAUGGCGUGUUUUAUUGGAUGCUUCUAAUAUCAAUGAAUACCUAGCAA